AUGUCUACUGCUGCUGAGUCUUGGCCGCCACCACUGAAGGAAUGGGUUGCUUCGUGUCUAGGACAAAUGACAGAUUCAAACAGGGAAGAGGCGCAAACAGAGCUACGACAGGUAAUAUCUGACGCUUACAGCUCAAAGACUCUGUGGACUACCGACUGGGCUGGUGUACAGCUACAAAGUUUGCUUCCGAAACCAUUCCCAGCAUCCGGCAGCCUCAAGCGGAAAAUACAUGCGUCCCCGUCAGCAAACAGCAAGAAGCAAAAGAAGUCUCAAAUCAGCAAAUCGGCAACCACGAACGCGCUGGAUCUCAAUGACCGGGUUGCUCUGAAUCGCCGAGCAGAGCGUUUCAAACGGGAGCAUGAGAUUGAGCAACAGAAGUCGCGUACUGGUGGCGGUCAGGCGUCUCUCAAGGCUAACCAUAAUACCGCUCAUCUUUUCAACGCCCCCAUGCAUUCACGGUCUGCAUCGCCGUUUGCAAACUUGGACGAUCCUGAGGCGGAUCCUAAUGUGCCGAACUGGGAUCGACACACUAUUGUCGGGACAUCCAAAGAAACAUUCAAAGAUUAUUUGCGAUUGACUUCAGAUCCUAAACCAGAACAGAUCCGGCCCUAUCCCAUUCUUCAGCAGACUCUUACGGAACUCAAAAAACGAUGGAGAGAGAAGAAUAAUUAUAACUGGAUUUGCAGCCAAUUCAAGAGUCUACGACAAGAUCUCACCGUUCAGCGAAUAAAAAAUGAAUUCACUGUGGCAGUGUAUGAGAUCCACGCUCGGAUGGCACUUGAAGUUGGUGAUAUGGUAGAAUACAAUCAAUGUCAGGCCUCACUGAAGACGUUAUAUGAAAUCGGGAUUCCUGGCAAAAUCGAGGAAUUCACUGCCUAUCGCAUCCUCAUGCUUUUGCAUGGACGCAAUAGAAGCGAAUUAAACCUUUACGUAGGUCAGCUAACGCCCAAACAGAAAUCGGAUGCCGCCGUGCGACACGCGCUUGCGGUUCAGCGUGCGGUCUCGAUGGGCAAUUACCACGCACUUUUCGAGCUGUACAUCGAUGCGCCGAACAUGGGUGCAUAUAUCAUGGAUCAUUUUAUUGACAGGGAGAGGAUACGAGCGUUGCUCGUCAUGACUCGGGCAUACCAACGAUUGCCGAUCACCUUCAUCCACCAAGAAUUGGCAUUCGACACGUACGCACAGACCCGAGAAUUCCUCAUGCAACACCGCGCUGCUCUUUUCGUCAAUCCGAACAGCUCUGAUGCUGAGAAAGUACUUGAUUGCAAGGCGGCAUCGGGGGAACUCGGACAGGCAUUUGAAGAGAAAUACCGCAAGGUCGAAAUAAAAGGAAGAAUAUAGGUCUUGUACUACUUCUCAUCUGUCGUGACCAUCGAUCUAUUCGCUUUCGCUGUCCUCUUUUUUCGCGUAUUUAUUGCAUGAUCAUUGCGG